GUGUUGUUGCCAAACAUUGCAGAGUGAAGGAUCAUCUCUUUGGUCAGACCUCACUGCAGCAUCACAUCCCAUCACGUUACUCUAUUGAAAUUCUAUAUUAUAAUAGUGUUUCAUAAAGUAGACUGUUGCGCAUCCUGUAGUGUGCGUGGAAGCCAUGGAACCACUCUAUGCAUUGUUGGCAUUUCUAAUCUACUCCCAAAUUCAAACAACAGGUGCACAGACAAUAUGCGGGAACAAGAAGUUCCCAUGUGGAAAUGGGAGAUGCAUCACAGUCAGGUGGGUGUGUGACGGCACAGAUGACUGUGGAGAUGGCACAGACGAGCUUCCUGAUACUUGCUUGGCCAAAACAUGUAGACCAACAGACUUUAGUUGUGCCGACCACCUUCACCAGUGUAUACCAAACACUUGGCGCUGUGACGGGAAAGCAGACUGUGAGAAUGGAGCUGAUGAAGAGAGCUGUGGACCAAAAAACUGCACAGUCACAGAGUUCCGUUGCACAAAUGGGCAGUGUGUGUCUACUGCGUUUGUGUGCGACCAGGAAUCAGACUGCGAUGAUGGCAGUGACGAGGCUUUCUGCCCGCCGGUUACGUGCAGUGCUGGUACUUUUCAGUGCAAUAACAGUGUUUGCAUUCCACGUCUGUGGGCCUGCGACGGAGAUAUUGAUUGCGUAGACGGUUCGGACGAGUGGACCCAGAACUGCGAUACGGCAGCACCUAACUUUUCGCCAGGUUACCACUGCUCUACCCUGGAAUUCCACUGUGGUAGUGGGGAGUGCAUUCAUGGAAACUGGAUGUGUGAUGGAGGAGCUGAUUGCCUUGAUCGAUCCGAUGAAGCCGACUGUGUACGUCCCACCUGCCGUCCUGAUGAGUUUCAAUGUGAUGAUGGCACUUGCAUUCAUGGAAGCCACCAAUGUAACUAUCGGUAUGACUGCAAGGACAUGAGCGAUGAAAGAGGCUGUGUUAAUGUCACUCAAUGUGACAGCGAGACCAGAUUUAAGUGUCGCAGCGGGGAAUGUAUCAGCAUGGAUAAAGUGUGUGACAAGGACCGUGAUUGCUGGGAUUGGUCAGAUGAGUUUCUAAGGGAAUGUAGCUACAAUGAGUGUCUCUUCAACAAUGGUGGCUGCUCUCAUGCCUGCAUCGACCUUAAAAUUGGUUUUGAGUGCCUCUGUCCCACGGGUUAUCAUCUGGUUAACAAAAAUCAAUGUGAAGAUGUUGACGAGUGUAUCUUCCCAGAGGUCUGCAGCCAGAUCUGCAUUAACCAGCUAGGCAGCUACAAAUGCGAGUGUGCAGAAGGUUACCAAAUUGACCCAUCAACCAAAGCCUGCAAGGCCACUGGUACAAUCCCCUACCUUUUCUUCACCAAUCGCCAUGAAAUCAGAAAGAUGACCUUGGACAAAAGUGAGUACACACAGGUCAUUCCCCAACUAAAGAACGUAGUGGCUCUGGACAUGAACAUGGCCACAAAAGACAUCUACUGGUCAGACAUCUCCCAAAAGAAGAUCUACAGAGCUCAAAUGGACUCAGUGCAAAACUCCACUCAUCACACUGUAAUGAUUUCUAAUGACAUUGAUGCACCUGAGGGCAUUGCCUUUGACUGGAUCCAUAACAAGCUGUAUUGGACUGACAGCAUUCGCAACACCAUCUCUGUGGUAACUGCUGAUGGUGAUCGUCGUAAGACUCUCUUCUCCCAAGGCUUAUCUAAACCCCGAUCAAUCGUGGUUGACCCCUACAACAACUUCUUUUACUGGACUGACUGGGGGAAUCCUGCUAAAAUUGAAAAGGGUGGUCUGAAUGGAGGUGACCGCAUCGCUCUGGUUACUGACAACAUUAUGUGGCCCAAUGGAAUCACACUUGACCUGUUCAACCAGCGGCUCUACUGGGUGGACUCAAAGUUACACACACUCUCCAGUAUUGACGUGCAGGGUGGAGGCCGGCACACCCUCAUUAUUGAUGAAAACAAGCUGAGCCACCCGUUGGGACUUACAUUGUUUGAGGAAAGAGUGUUCUGGACAGACGUCAGUAACAAUGCCAUCCUCAGUGCUAAUAGGUUGACUGGCGCAGACAUCACACCAGUGGCAGAGCACCUGUCAUCUCCAGAAGACAUUAUUGUGUACCAUAACCUUAAACAGCCUGCUAGGAGAGACUGGUGUGGGGUUUCCAAUGGUGGCUGUGAAUUCAUGUGCCUGGGAGCACCACAAGUGGGCAGAAAUCCCCCUAAAUAUACUUGUGUCUGUCCUGAUAACAUGAUGCUAGCAAGUGAUAUGAGGAGAUGUGUACCAGUGGUGUCAACUCCUAGAGCUCCUGUACAUCCUCAGACUCCGACAACCAACCAACCUGCACCAGGCACAAACCCACCCAAGUCCCAUACCUCCAUUGCUCCCAUCACAACCACAAGACCUAUGGUCAAGCCAGUGCCGAGCACCACGAGGCCUCUGGUCAGAACCUCCGCACCCGAAUUUAGGAACACUUCACCACAGCCUGUGAAACCCAAAGCACCUCAGACAACCACUCAAAUUCCAGUCACUUCACAAGACAUUCACCAUGCGUUUGCUACAGUGAUACCUAGGACAUCUUCCAGUACACCAUUUGGCUUGUACGUUUUCUUACCUCUGGUAAUCAUUUGUAUGCUGGCUUUCGGUGGCGUGCUGCUAUGGAAGAACUACAAGCUAAAGAACACCAACACGAUCCACUUUGACAACCCUGUCUAUCAAAAAACCACGGAGGACCAAGUGCACAUUUGGAGGAACCAUAGGUCGGAUGGGUAUUCCUACCCAAAAAGACAGGUUGUGAGCCUGGAUGAAGAGGCAGACAACCCCACAUUUACUGAAACCUAACUUGGGAUGGAAUUCAAAGGCAUUAUCAGACGACUAUAUCCUUAUACAGCAACAAAACCUCUAGGAAAUCCAGGUUCAAUUCAUUUUGGUCAUUUUAAUGUUUGUUGUGUUUUUGUUUUUUUUUCUCCCAAAAUAGAGACCUUAUAUUUCAGUUGAACUUAACAAUUUGAGACAAUUACACACCUUAAGAUACGUAUUUAGUUUUUCAUGGUCACUGUGCAUUGUAUGUGUGACAAUACUAGUCCUGCCUGCUUUUCCUCAAAAGUUUGAGUAUUAUGUUUUUAUAUGUAAUUAUUAUACCAGCAAUCACCAUGGUAUUGAUGGAAAAUAAUCACUUUUGGAGGAGAAGGACCUCAAGUAAUCCUGCACACUAGUUUGUUCCUUCAAUAGUACACUGCAUACACCUCCUGAUGCAACCUUCCCAUUUAUCCAAGCUUUGGACCGGCACUGGCAAGUAGAGAGCAGCAUGGUGUUGGUACAUUGGCUGGGAAUUGAACCUGCGCCUUCUGCAUAAAUGGCAGGGUUUCGUUGUCAGCCACAUGUUGCUCCUUUCUUCUGAUCUUUUUAUUGGAAAGACUAACUUACAUUUCUACCCGAUGUCUGAGGAGGACCAAUGCAUUCUUCAAAAUAGCUUUAAUGCAACCAUGUGAGACCAGUGGGGCCAAGCAUAACGCGCUGUAUUACACGUGCAUAUUUAUAGCCUCCCUUAGGACGAGAACUUAUCACAGCAUUCCUGACAAAAGAAACACAUGUGCCUCGUCACAAUAUUUUUUAGCUCCUGUACUUUGUAUUGUGAGCAAAUGCUGCAUUUUAUUGUUGCUCAAAAGUCCACGUUUGUGUUAUUACUGGAUAGGAUUUGUAUAAAAUCAGUGCAUAUUUACAGUGACUUGUUACACCCACCACAGAUGCUGUUGUGAUGUCCACUCUUUGUGGUGGAAGGUAGAGAAUCUUAAAUGUAGAUGUACAUGUGUAGAUGUACAUGCACGUAGCCUUUUAUUUUUAUUUUUUUUACAUUGACCCACUACCACUGCAGGUUAUGUGUGUAAAUAGGGUGUUCAUAAAUGUAAAUAUUUGUUCUGUUUUAAGGAAAUAAUACCUCUGCUGUAGCCUUUGUUGUCAACAUUUGCUGUAUAUAAAUAAAUAUUUCUAUUUAUUAUA